GAUGUAGUACAGUACUGAGGAAGCCAAUGCCAGAGAGAGAGAGAGUCUGCAGCAGAGAGAGAGAGAGAGAGAGAGAGAGCAGGCUGGGGAGGGAACACAUCAUUUUCCUCUUGAGAGGAGAAAGAAGAGCCUGCGGGCAGGAAAGACCAGGCUUCUGGUGAGUGUCCCGGGCAGGGCACCAUUUCAUUCCCCCUUCUUAUGUGUUUCUAAUUCAUCUGAAGCUGGGCGAGUUGGGACUGCAGACUCUGUGUCAUCCUCCAGCCCCAGCUGGCAGGACCUGGUAGCUGUGCCUAGAGACCAUGCCAGGCUUGUAUUCUCUAGCUACCUGGACAGCUCUCCCUCUGAAGAGCUCAUGCGUAAAGGCCUGUGCCAAUGGGUACUCCCUGGGAGUCACUGCUCACCUCACUUACAUCAACUCAGGGGAGGAUCCUGUAGAAGGUGUGUUCAUCUACCCCCUGGAGGAGUCUGAGGUGGUAGCAGGUUUUGAAGCUGUGACAGGAAGCAGAAGCAUCACCUUCCAGAUCCAGAAUCGACACCGAGCAGAGGACUGCUGUGUUGACUGCAGCCCCAGUUUGGGCCAGCCAUUGCUCUGUGCCAACGGUCACCUAAUCCUUGAUGAAGAUUUAGAGCGUUCUACCUUCAUCCUCAGCACGGGCCCCAUUGGGCCCUCAGAAAUCCUGACGGUUGUCUUCAGCAGCAGCCAGGAGCUGUCGACCCUGCCAGACGGUGCACUCCACAUCACGUUCCCCUCCGUCCUCACGCCCCUUGUGGUGGCCCUCCCGGAAAGUGCGAGUGAGCCGGGAGGCUUGUGUGACGACAGUCCCACUAGCUGCUUUGGAGCUACUGGCCUGCGAAGUGAACAGUCAUUCAUCGUGCCUCCUGAGAGCACAGACAUCUUCAGGGGCCAGGUCUACAAUCCCUUCCCCUAUGAAUUCUCCUUUGAGCUGCUGGUCAAGGGGCCCUGCUUGCUGGCAGGCUUGGAGAGCCCAUCGCAUGCCCUACGGGCUGAUGCAGACCCCUAUGCCAACUCUGCCUCCACCAUUUGUGUUACCUUGGCAGAGGGUCACCAAUGUGACAGGAGUCUGGAGAUUAUCUUGUACCCCUGUGAGCCCCAUUGCCCUCACCUGGUCAUUGAGGCGGGUGCCAUGACGUACCAGGAGUAUGAGGCGCACAUCAGGAGUCGUCGGGAUUACGUGCGAAUCGCCAAGAAGGACAGUGAUGGGGAGAGACAGGUGGCCUUCGUUCAAAAGCGAUUCCACAAAGACAUCUUCCACAACCCGGUCCUGAUGCUGAACUUCUGUCCUGAGGUGGGCAGUGUGCCUACUGACCUCCAGACAGUCACCCGGGAAAUCCUCUUCCUCAUCGACCAGAGCGGCAGCAUGAGUGGCCCCAACAUCAUCAGGAUCAAGGAGGCCUUGCUGGUGGCAGUGAAGAGCCUCCCUUCAGGCACCUUGCUGAACAUUGCUGGAUUCGGCUCCCACAUCAAACCCCUCUUCCCAGCAAGCAAGCCCUGCAGCAAUGAGAACCUCAGGCUGGCCUGUGAGCACAUACAGAAGCUCCGGGCCGAUAUGCAUGGGACCAACCUCCUGGCUGCUCUGACCUGGAUCCUGGGGCAGCCUCUUCACCGCGGUUACCCGCGCCAGCUGUUCAUCUUCACGGAUGCCAACGUCAGCAAUGCAGGCAAGAUCAUUGAGCUGAUUCGGAGGCAGGCCAGCACUGUCAGGUGUUUCAGCUUUGGCCUGGGCUCCGGAGCCUGCCGGAGGCUCCUGAGAGGCCUGGCCAAGAUGAGCAAAGGUCGGGCUGAGUUCCUGAGCCCUGAGGAGAGGCUGCAGCCCAAGCUGAUAAAGUCUCUGAAGAAGGCAAUUGAGCCUGCCGUGAGUGACAUCACCAUAGACUGGUAUGUGCCCGACACCAUGGAGGCUCUGCUGUCACCCAAUGAAAUCGCAGCCUUGUAUCCAGGAGACCGGCUCAUCAGCUAUUGCACCCUCUACAACAUCGCCAGCUUCCGGGACAAGAAGACAGGUAGAGAACGGGUGUGUAGAAGCCUUUCGCGGGGCUCUGUGGGGUCAGCAUUCCAGUCCCAGGAUGAGGCAUGUAGCCCGGACGUGGCUCACCCGUACCCAGCUGGCGAGAGCCAGGACAUCAGUCAAGCCCUGCAGGAGAUUUCCCGUGAGAUUUCCCUGGAGUUUUCCGCUGGGGGCGUCGAGGAGUCUGAGAAGAGUGUGGAUCCUGUUUCUGACAUCUGGAAGAGGAUUUACCAGGCCUCCUACAUCCAGGAGCAGUAUGUCCUCACUCACUGCUCCAUCAGCACCGACCGGAGCCAGGGCCUGCUCUCCCACGGCUCCACCAGCAGCGAGUCCACUGGCUCCAGGGACAUAGCUCCUGAGAGUGGCUCGCUGGCCUGCACCCUUGAAUCCAACUCUCAGCAGGGACAGAAGAGCGUUUCUGUGUGCGACUCCUCCACCAAGUCUGCUCCAUUCCCGCAGGCCGGGCUGACUGCUGGCACCAAGGCGUGCGUGGCACUGAGCUCCGAGGAGCUGGCGCGGCGGAAGAAGGCGCUGGCACGAGCUGCCUUAUCUGGACGCAGCUUUUCGUCCCCGCACGGCGAGCUGGAUGCCCAUCGGCUGCGCAGGGCCCUGGAGAAGGUGUCCCAGAAGCGGAACCAGUCCCUGGAAGGGAAGCUGGAUGAGAUUGGGCCAGAGCUGCAGAGGCUGCGAAGGAGCCUGGCAGAUUCCAGUAACUUGCUCUCGCCAUCCCAUCUGGACUGGGACAUGUUGGUGGAGCCCCCGUAUCUUUUCAGCGCGUCGCCCGCGGCUGAGCGCGGUGAGUGUGAGGGGGGUGCCUGUCUGCCCCUGCGAUGUCAGGUGGUGAUCCAUGCCCUCAGUGCUGGGAAGCCCGUCUCCUGGGACGUGACAGCCACCCUGGAGCCUCUGCUCCAAGCCAGGGACGGGGAGGGCAAAGAGGAGCUGCCACAAGAGUCAUGGAAGGCCUGGGACAAACUGCUGCACCAUCUGACUGCCAGCUCCGUCAUCCGGGACCACGAGAAUGUGGCCCAGAGGGAAGCUGAGCUGGAGCACAGUUUCUCCCGGAGGCUCCGCCUGAAGGCCAUUCAGUCCAGCAAGGCUUGCAACACGCCCUCCAUCUACACCUGCCUGGUGCCUGUGGACUCCUCCACCCAGGAGGCCCUGCCCAGGGCCCUUGAGGUUCGCAAUGCAGGGGGCCCUUCCAGCCAUCCCCGAGGGUCCCAGGCUGGGAUCCGGCGCCAACGCAGUCACUCAGUGGGCCUGGGACGACGGCGUGACUCAGAGGAGCUGGACGAUGCUGUCAUCUCUGCAGAGCGAGACGAGACACCCGCUUCUCCCAUCAGCGUCUCCUCUGCUGCCGGUGUCUGGGAAAAGCAAAGCUGCCCCGAUGGUCCUGUGGCCAGUCCCUCUGCCACCUCCAUGGGAUCCCAGAAAUCCAUGGAGAACUUUGCUGGCUCCAGGUUCAGUCUCAGCAGGAUCAGGGGCCACGGCCUAGCGCUGCGGCCACAGUGCCUGACCCCAGCAAGUGAGCUCUCCAAGGACAGUGCCAUCCAUGACUACCUCCCACUGGUGCGGCUGCAGCAGGCCCUGGGCACCUUCCAGCUGACAGAAAGCUUCUCCGAAGUGGUGCAGAUCCCGCUGGACCGUCUGCGCCGCGCCUCGCCGUAUGCCUCGCACCGUGCCAGCCUCAGCCCUGGCUCCUGCACCUCCCCCUGGGCACUCGUUGCCAAGGGCAGCCCUGACGGCGGCCCAAAGCAAGUGGCCAGCCAGCCCUCUCCAGAGGGCGUGGAGCCUGCCAGAGGCAGCCAGGAGGGGGCGCCAGAACCAGGCUCGCCCCAUUCGCACAGCACCUGCUCUGAGGUCCUAAGCACCACCAUCUGGCCGCAGGCAGACAGCGGGCGCGGCUCAGAGACCGACGCCUGCGACCACUCGCCUGUCACCUCCGAAGCCGUCAGCCUGCAGGAGGUGGGGCUCGAGGCCGACGAGGGGGACCUGGAGAGUGCCAGCUGGGCCACGGCGGUGGCACUGGCCUGGCUGGAGCACCGCUGCGCCGGCUUCUUUGUAGAAUGGGAGCUGCUGGCCGCCAAGGCAGACGCCUGGCUCCGGGCGCAGCAGCUGCCGGAGGGCGUGGAUGUGGGCUCCCUGAAAGGAGCAGCGCGUCACCUCUUUCUGCUGCUGCGCCACUGGGACGAGAACAUCAAGCUGAACAUGCUGUGCUACAACCCCAGCAACAUGUGAGGGGAGGGGCAGGGCCAGGGCGCCAUGUGGUGCCAAUA